UUUUUGGUCUGAAUUUUGGACAGACGUGAUGUUAUAACAGUCGAGACAUUUCAUAAAACACAAAUGAUUAUUUAUUUAAAAAAUCCGGUUUUAUUUGAAACUGUUCUGACAUAUUAGGCGUGUUUGGCAGGUCAUAUAGUAGUUUCGGUCAUUUGGGUCGAUUUUUGGCCGAACAGAGCGAAUUCUAUGGUGAUCUGAAGUUAAUAAAGAAAAACGUUUAUUAACAAUCAGCCAAAUAUUUUUGUUUCUUAAGAUCUCAAUCUUUGUAGGUUGAUGGAAUCUGGGUGUUUGGACUACAUGAUGUCUGGAUUUUGGACAGCCAAUAAUCUUGUUAAACCAGAAUAAUUGUAAGAAUCUGUUUGAUUUAAGCAUGGUCUGAAAUAUUUGGCUUAGUUGGAAGGAUGUUGUGGAUUUUUGGUAGUUUCGAUCGGACUUUUGGUCGGAUAUCGCGACUUGUGUGUUCUCCUUAAGUUGAUAAAUAAGAACAAUUGUUAACAAUCGGUCAAAUAUUUUUGUUUCUUAAGACCUCAAUAAUCCAUUUGGUAAGUUGAUAGAAUUUGUCAUUUUCCCUAAAUCUUUUGGACAGUUACUUAAACCCCUAAACCAGAGUAAUUAUAAAAUUCUGUUGAUAUUGACCCCCGCCUGAGAUAUAGCGUGUUUGGCGGGACGUUUUGGAUUUUGGGAUCAGAUAAUUGGUCGGAUAUCGCGGCUCGUUUGUUACAAAAUUAAAAAAUAAGAACAGCACUUGAGCAUCUUGGUUUCUUAAGACCUCAACGUUUCAUUUUGUAAGCCGUUGGAAUUCAUCCUUUUGGACAAAAUUUCAUUUUGGAAUUUUGGUCUUCGAUUUGGAUUUUGGACAGAUAUACAGUUUAUAAAGUUCAGAAAGGAAAAACUAUAAAUCAAAAUAAUUAUAAAAACCGGUUUUGCGCGCUAUUUGAGUAUGGGAUGUUUGGGUUUUUGGUCUUUUGGAUCGCACUUUUGGUCAGAUAUCGGCACUCGUUUCUUGGCAUCAAGUUAAUAAAUAAGAACAACACUUGAGAAUCGUCAAACAUCAUGGUUUCUUAAGACCUCAACGUUCCAACUUUGAAGGUCGGUGGAAUUUGGUUCUUUGAACUUUUGGAUCGGAUUUUUGGUCCGGUAUUGCGACUUGUGUCUUGUCCUUAAGUUGAUCAAAAGGAAGAAUUGUUGACCAUCGGCAAAAUAUUUUUCUUUCUUAUCACCUAAGAGUUUCAUUUUGGUUGUUCCGGUUUUACUGUGGUUUUGGGUAAGCUGUGUUUGUUUUUAUUAUUUUUUUAAUCUCUGUAAUGAAAAUUGGAUUGAAAACUUAUUUAUGAUGAUGUUCGGCCUUCGACUGUGAACCGAAUGAUGAUUUGGUUUUUGUGGCUAGCUGUUAGUUUUUCUUCUUUUUCAAUCUGGAGAAAAAAAAGCAGCCCGACUAAUCGCAGCUGGGCCCUCUUCGUGUAUUUUUAUCUUCUGACCUCGCCCCCGAUGAUCCGCGUGCCUACCUCCCCACCAUCUCGCGUCCAGAUAGGCGAAUUUCUUUCUUCUUUUUUUAUCCAAAAGUUGUCCACCGCGAAAAAAGACCUUUUCCCGUGAUCGGGGGGGUCUUAUUUCAAAAAAGGGCGUCCUCCUGGGUCCCCUUCGGAUCGUCCGGCGUCGCGUCGUACGCCUCGUCUAAAUUUAGAGCCGCCUCCCCCCUGGCAUUCCUCGUCGGGCCAGCUGUGGAAAAGCGGAACCAGGUGCAGCCCCGUUUCGCGGGACACACGGCAAGGAUUGACACGGGAACAACGGGUGAAAGGGUGGCACAGUUCGAGAGGGCGACGGUGAUGCUGCCCCGAGAUGAUGUUCACCGGCUCCUACGGCAAGAAGCGCAGCUCGACCGUGCGGACCGCAUCUCUCUCCAGUCAUGAGACGUACCGGCCGAGGGCGAGUAGUUUCAAGGAUAGAUACCAAGAAGAAGAGGCUCGAACUUACGGUAUCGGGCGUAGGCGUGGCGCCGUCAAGCACCAAAGGGUUCACGAAGUCGAAGGGCACAAGUUCCUAGCCAAGUUCUUCAGGCAGCCGACCUUCUGCACGUUCUGCAAGGAGUUUAUGUGGGGUUUUGGCAAACAAGGAUAUCAAUGUCAAAUUUGCCAGACUGCUGUUCACAAGCGAUGCCACGAGAAACUUCUCACCAAGUGCCCAGGAUCGGGCAGGAAUUCGGAGAGCACGAUCUACCUGAGGGAGAGGUUCAAGCUGGACGUUCCACACAGGUUCGUCGUACAUUCGUUCGUCUCGCCGACUUUCUGCGACCACUGCGGCAGCCUACUGUACGGCCUUUUCAGGCAAGGUCUGAAGUGCGAAGGUAAAACGGGACUUACACGCGUCUUGAGGACACGAGAGUUUGACCCGUGGGUUGUAGUCAGGCCGGUGGGUCCGCCGGUGCUCACUUCAGUCGAGAAAUCCUCCGAGAGAAAUAUACAUCUAGAUUAGAAUGUACGGUUCACCAAUAUGACAUCAUAAUUGGGGAGGGGUUGAACUAAUAAACCUGGAAUUUGGACUUUACAAAAAGACUGUGGACAAAAAUAAAUAACAAACAUUUAGAACUCUGUAAAAUAAACUCUGUAAGACCCACAAACAACGACUCACAUGAAAUUUUUUUUUUGUAAACAGACUAUAGCCAAUCAUAAAUAAUUAAGGAGAGGUGGAUUGAAGGACAUAAGACAUAAGAACUAAGAAAAAAGUAGUAGGGGAAAAAAUGUGUGUGUGUGUGUGUGUGUGUGUGUGUGUGUGUGUGUGCGCGCGCGCGCGCGUGCGUGCGUGCGGGUGUGUGUGUGGGAGAAAGUUUCUUAGUACAAUAAGGCCCGGAAUAUGGCGUCUAAAAUUGUUUCGUACUUUAAAAAAUUUAAGAUAUCAAAUCAUUCCAAUAGUUGAACAUGAUGGGUCAUAAAAUGAAAGGUUCUCAAAAUGACGUAGCAUACGGGUGGUGAUUACGUGAUGAAACUUCAUCGACGCACCCCCAAAAAAAUAAAUAAAUAAAUUUUUAA